CCGCCCCGGUCCCGCCCCGCCGCCCAUUGUCCCCGUGCCAUGUGACCGGCGACGGUUAAGGAGCGGCGCGCGCCCUCGCCUCCCGCCGCCGUUCGUGCUGAGUCACGGCGCCGCCCGGUGCCGCGGGGAGCGCAGCAGCAGCAACGCCGGCUUCUCCAUGGGCACGGAGCGCGCCCGCGCCCUGCUGGAGCGAGCGGGGACGCUCACGCUGCAGACCGGCAACCUCCUCAACUGGGGCUGCCUGCGCAAGAAGUGCCCGGCCACCCCCGGCGAGGAGGUGCGGGACUGCAUUCAGAAAACGCUGACAGAAUGGAGCUCAAAGAUCGGACAAGACCUAAAUCAGGAAAUACUGGAGGUUCUGGAAUGUACUGUAGCUCAAGCUAUGGAAAAAAUAAAUCCUGAAGAAAGGGAUGAAUUGAAAGUAUCAGCAAAACUUUUCAUCGUUGGAUCAAACUCUUCAUCAAUCAGAGAUGCAGUUGACCUGGCGUGUUCUGCCCUUGGAGUUGCUCAGUUAGACUCAGUCAUUAUUGCCCCACCUCCCGUUGAGGAUGGAACUACCCUCUCCUUGGAGUAUUUGCAGCCUUAUUGGCAAGAACUUGAAAAUCUAGUUCAAAACAAAAAGAUUGUUGCCAUAGGUACUUCUGACCUAGAUAAAACGCUGUUAGAGCAGCUGUAUCUGUGGGCACAGGUGAAACCAAGUAGUAAUCAGGUGAACCUAGCUUCCUGUUGUGUGAUGCCACCUGAUCUCACAGCAUUUGCAAAACAGUUUGACAUACAGCUGUUAACUCACAAUGACCCAAAAGAAUUACUCUGUGAAGCAAGUUUCCAAGAAGCUCUUCAGGAAAGCAUCCAGAAUGCGAAAGCACACGAGUGGAUUCCUUUAUGGCUUCUCCGCUAUUCGGUCAUUGUUAAAAGCAGAGGAAUUAUCAAGUCCAAAGGCUAUAUCAUGCAAGCUAAAAGAAAUGCCUCUUAAAAUAUGUUUGUGGGUUUUUUUAAUGGCUUACUGUUUCAAUUUCUUGGAGAUGGGGGGUACAUUGCUUUUUUUCAUAGAAACACUUUUACAGCAUUUGUAACAAAGACCAAAAGUUGUAAUUAUUCAGUGUGAUAUCAGGAAGAGUGUCUGCAGUGUUCUAACAUUAUUUUUCUUUCUUAACCUAUUGACCAGUUCAUUUGAAAUACAAAAUAUUCUGGGUCUGCUUGUUUUUAAUUGAAAUUAUCUAUAGAGAAACAGUUUAAAAUAUUUUUCUUUGUAUGACCAGUUCACUGUAAAAUUAUCAUUAUAUUUUAGCUGCCAUUAGGUAGUAUAGAGAAACUUAUAUAUAUUUUUAUUUUUUGAAAAAAUGAAUUUCUCCUAAAUAAUAGUUACUUAUCUGUUAGGUACAUAGAUUUAAAGCAUUCAAGGACUAGUUUUUUAUAGAAAAUUGACAUCUUUGAUGAAACAUUACCCCAAAAAAUUAAACUAGUAACUCAUUACUUGGUAUGUAUAUAAAGGCAAGUCAGCUGUUUAAUUUGUGUGGAUCGGAAAAUUGAUUUAUUUUUAAUAUAGUGUAAAAGACCACUAAGUUUCAGAAAAAAAUGAAUCUUCCAAAUUACUUUCUGUUACUUUAAUUCCUUCUGGCUUCUUUGUGCCUCAAUAUGCUUUGUUUUGUGUUUGCACAAGUGUGAUGGCACUAUUGGAAAUAGAAAGUGUAUUAUUGUGUUAAUGUUUAAAAUAAGAAUUGAAAACAAGUGAUGAAAAAACCUCUUAAUCAAAAAUUGAGUCAUGCCUGUCCUCUCAACUGUGGCUUGUUUUUUGAUACUUACGAACUACGCAACCAGAAUUGGCCAAGACAGAACACACAGUAAACGACGCUGUUCACUAUAGGAUUAUUUAACAUGGAUGGAUUCUCUUACGGUUGCCAAGGAGAUAUUGGUGCUGAGCACCAUUCAGAAAUGAUGCAGGCAGGGGUUAGGUUGAAGUUAGGUAUAUUUCCAUUUGGCACUGGCAAUCCUAGAGAUUGCUGCAGCUGAGGCAAGGCUUCUGGUUUAAUGUAGUCUUUCUGUCAAAAAGGCCUUUUAAUUUCCUUGGCCUUUAAAUCAGAAUAGAUAGCAAAAGCUCAACUUGUAGUUCAGCAGGAGCUUGGUACUGUAUAAAAUAGUUGCUUUCCUUUCGAUUUCAUGCAGGAGCAGGACUUCACACUAGUAGUACCCGUUAACUUAGUUGUACAUACUUUGUGCUUUGGACUGUAAGGGAAUGAAUUGUCACCAACAUCUUUCAAGUUCUGUCACGUAGGCAGCUAGUGAGAUCUGAAUGCUUUAGGCAGGGUCUGGAGUGUCAGCUUCCUCUAAUCCAUUCCACUACGUUAAAGGAUUAAUGUUUUUCAAGAUACCUUUUGAGUCCUCAAGUACCUGUACGCAGCGAAUACUGGGAAAUUCCUCUGCACUUCUCCAGUUUUGCUAAAGGAGAGAGAGAGGGGGAACUGGAACUGCAUCAAUAAAAGUUUGAUUUU